AUGGUGAGGGGCAAGAUUGUGAUUAGGAGGGUUGAGAACAUGAGCAGAAGGCAGGUCACCUUCUCCAAGCGGCGUGGUGGUCUACUGAAGAAAGCACGUGAGCUGGCCAUCCUCUGUAAUGUCCAGGUCGGUGUUAUCGUCUUCUCCUCCACUUGUCGCCUCUACGAGUAUGCCAACUCCACCACCGCCACCACCAUGGGCACGGCCAUGCCUUCCAUGAUUCAAAACUACCAAUCUUCACAAGAGCAACAUCAGCUCCUGAAUCCAGUGUCACAAGUCAUGUUUUGGCAAGGGGAAGUCCAGAAAUUACAGCAGGAAAUGCAGAUGCUUCAAGAACAUCAUAGGAAGCUAAUGGGGGAGAGAUUAUUAAACUUAGGAGUCAAAGACUUAUGUUUAAUGGAAAAUCAGCUGGAGAAGAGCUUACACCGUAUUAGAGAAAAGAAGGAACAAAGUUCCACCAACCAUAUUCUACAACUCAACGAGAAGGGAUGCAUCUUUCAUCAAGAGAAUAUUCGACUCUCCAGGGAAAUAAAGCUUAUCCAUGAACAAAACUUGGAAUUAUAG